AUGGUCAUAAAUGGUACAAUGAUUUGGUUUAGCAAGAAAAAAGUUUUCCAUUCACUUCAAUCAAUCUGUACUGAUAGUACAGCUUGUGAAGAAGAUGUAAACACAACUUAUAACAGAAUGAAAAAUUUAAAAUAUGAUGAAAUUCAAACAAAACUAAGUAAUCUUUUACAUUCUAAUCAAUCAUUUGUUGCCAACCUUACGUGUUCUAACAAUAAUGAUCAAAGUAUUCAAUGUCCCAAUGGUUAUUGUCAAUUGACGCGUAAAGGUACAUCCAAUAUUGAUCGACAAUGUGUUCCUCAGAGUAGUAAUAUCAAUCCAUCAGGCAUAAUGAUUCAAUCAAAUACUGUGGAGGAACCAGAUGCUGAAGCUUCUUUAACUUACGCAUGUACCAAACCAAUGUGUAAUGGUAUAAGAACAGAUGAACAAGUACAAAACUUGUUGGUGCAAUAUGGACUGUUACCAGUAUUAAAUACAAUACCAGUUGUACAAGAAACAACUACAACAACUACAACAACUACAACAACUACAACAACAAUACACACUUCAUCACAACCGAAUGCAGCAAUGACAACAUUACAUCAACCAAUGAUGAAUUUUCAAUGGAUGCUGCUUUUGAUAAUAACAAUUCUUUUAAAAAUAUAA